CAAAUGUAUUGAACAGACAUAUGAAUAAAUAAAUAGAAACAGUAACGGAAUAUGGUUGACAGAUGAAUAUAAUUUUACAGCGUUUCAUGUGGAAGACGUUUGCGCACUAUAUAGUCACGUGAUUUUGCCGACGUCACUCUUUCAACAUGGCGGCUGCCAGGAAGGCAAAACGCGUGGCUGCCUUGCAGCCAGGGUUUUUAAAUUUAAAUUCUUCGACAGAUGCUUCACAAGAGUUCAGUAGUAGAAGGAGACGUGUGAACAGGAAUAAGAAGAAGAACUGGAACAAGCAUAUUGACGUCAAUGAUGUUGAAGACUUUUUAGAAGACGUCAGGAAUCAAGAAAGGAAAACGGGUGGUGUCCUCUCAGAACAAGCCGACGACCAUUUGUUCUUUUUGGAUAUCGGAAAACCACCGACCGCAAAGCCGAAAGUUGACCCUGUUGAUGAGAAGGGCCGAAAAGGAAAAUCACGUCCUCUGAGGAUAGACUUGAUCCUGCAGCAUGACUCCCUCAUCCCACCACCCAAAGACGUGUGUUCUUACCAACAACCAAACGCCAAGAAACUUCGCAGAAUUGCUCAGAGGGCAGAGCAGCUGGCCGCCAAAGGCAAGGUUCCUCGUCGACAGAAGCUGCUUCUGAAAAGACUGCAAGUUGAGCCAAAAAGCCACACCACAGCAACGGAGGCCAACAACAACCCCAACAGAGACUAUUAUGACAUUUGGGGUCAAGAAGUUAAAGAGACGGCUGAUCCUUGGUACCUAGAACAAACACGCAAGAGACUCAUAAAGCGCCCACAGAGGUUAAACAAGAAGCCGUCUGUGCUCCCUGCUGUUGAGGUGAUCGCUCCAGGUGGUUCAUACAAUCCAGACUUCCUGUCCCAUCAGGCUCUGCUGCAAGAAGCCCAUGAUGUGGAGGUGAAGAAGAAAAAAGUGGAAGACAAAAUUGAGAGGCAGCUGCAGUUCAACAAACAAGAUCAAGCAACAGAGGUAUCGAACUUCAAGGAAGUAGUGCAAGGACUAAUAGAGGAGAGUGGGGAAGAAGAUGAAGGCCCUCCUCAUGAUGGGGAGGAUGAGGAUGUGGCUGGGGGAGCUAUUUCUCUCGCCGAAAAGAAGACAGAGAGACAGAGGAAGAAGGAAAAGGCUGAAAAAAUCAAGGAGCAGCGGCGGCUUGCCGAGAAACGCCAGACAUUGCAGCGACAGCAGCUCUUCCAACUGCGUUCCAUCAAAUCCUCCCUCAAAUUGCUGGAGCAGAGAGCCAGGAUGAGGCAGAAACGGCGCAAGGAGAAGAUGGCAGCUCUUAAAGCUCAGCCCAGACGCCUCGGCAAACUCAAGUAUCAGGCGCCAGACAUGGAGGUCCAGUUGAGUGAUGAGCUCGCUGGUUCCCUGCGGCAACUCAAGCCAGAGGGCAGUGUUCUCAAGGACCGCUUCAAGAGUCUACAAAAGAGGAACUUGAUAGAACCCAGAGAAAGAGCCAAGUUCAAGAGGCGACACAAGCUGAAGUAUGUGGAGAAGCGGGCUUUUAGGGAUGUGUCCUAACGUCUCGGCCGGACCACAGAGAGAUGGACGCCUUUCAGACCACAAGUGCAUCCUGUUGGAUCAAUACUCAUGUUGACUGUUGCAAACCCCUCUGGCAUUUCUGACUUGACACCCCUCAAUUGUGUAAAGUGAUGUUUCAAUAAUAUAAACGCUAAAGUGCUGAGUAGCCAUGUGGUCUUUC